UCUCUUCCUCUCCAUGAAUCAUUAAUUCCAUCCUGCGAAGACCUUUUAUCUUGCUGUAGCUACUCAGCUCCCUUAAAAAACCUCUAGAGAGGGAUUCCAUCAAACUUCUUUAGGUCAACUUCUGUAUCAUUGUUAUCAGCUCUGCACAAAACUCACCCAGAGAAACCAGCCUUGCCCUUCGUUCUGUCACCUAACCUGUGCCCUGUGUUCCUUGGGUAAGGGCACCCAGCCUGAGCACAUCCUCUCAGGAAGUUUCAUUGCUUUUCAGUAAGUGUGAACAUCGACGGUCUUCAACCCUGUGUCUCAGGACAGCAAAAACAAAUGAAUGAGAUUGACAGAAGAGAAGCUUUUCUAGGAUACCAAAGCUUUCACAUCUUCCUCAUUUCUAAAAGCUUCUAAACGAACCAACCAACCAACCAACCAAGAGUGUAGGAUGGCAGUAACAUCACAGCCUCUGAGAGGUAACCGAAAGGUCAAUUUAAGUGAAGAAUACAGACAUUUCCUGCAGAAUCUGUGGUACAUCUCCAGAAAUUUAUCAGAUAACAUGACGGAAAAUGAGGAGAUAUUUAAGGAAAAAAUUCAUGAACUACUCCACACAGCGGAACGAGACUGGUUUGUCAAUCCGAAAGAUAUAUGGACUUUCUUUGGGUCUCUCUUUUUCUGCUGCACAGUAUUCACCACUGUGGGUUAUGGCAAUACCUAUCCUGUGACAAGGGCUGGAAAAUACCUCUGCAUGUUAUAUGCUUUAUUUGGCAUUCCUCUGAUGUUCUUGGUCCUGACAGAUAUGGGAGAUAUCCUUGCAACUGUUUUGUCCAAGUCUUACAAUGAAUUCAGAAAGCUACAGUCAAAAAUUCUAACCUCUAAAUUCUGUUCUGCAUUCACGUGUAUCAGAGAAGAUAGGUCUAAAGUGGAUGUGAAUGAACCCUUGAGUAUUGUGGAAAUGCUGAGAAGUAAAUCAGCUAUUAGAAAGAAGCCAGCCCAAUAUUGCAACGCCCAAAUUUUUGAGAUGCUAAUUGCCAGAGAAAACGAAUACAAAAAUCUAUCAAGAAGUAAAAGCAUAGAGAGAUGGAGCUCAUGUCCUGAACUAGACAGGGGAAAAACAAUGACCAGAGUAAUUGAGAAUUUUGACAAAAUAGGAAAAGAGUUAGAGAAACUGGAUGUGCCCAUCAUGUUAAUGGUGCUGGUUAUCUUCGUGUACAUCUCCUGCGCAGCUGCUAUUCUUCCAAACUGGGAAACCAGGCUGGAUUUUCAGGAAGCCUUUUAUUUCUGCUUUAUCACCCUGACAACGAUUGGAUUUGGAGAUACACAACUGGAACACCCCAAGUUUUUCCUGUUUUUUUCCCUCUAUAUUAUUAUUGGCAUGGAAAUUGUCUUCAUUGCUUUUAAGCUGGGCCAAGACCGCUUAAUUGGCUUGUAUAAAAAAGUGAUUUCGUUUUGUGGGGAAAAAAAGGUGCCGUCAAAGAAGAUAUAUCCAAAGUAAGUGUAGUCAUUUCUCCCUUACUUGUAUGCUUUGCCCUCUGCAACGAGAUGAAACUGUCCCCGUGCACUCCCACUCCCUGCCCUGGGCUUGCAAGAGGCAUGUUUUCUGUCUUCUUGUGAGAAUCUGCUGCAAACUGGUUGCAUUACACAGGAGACACUUGGUGUAGGCACUGCCAGGGAGCAGUUUCCAACAAAGGUCCUAUCUCCUAACUAACAAAUGAAGAGAAUGCAUGAUGAAAGGCAGAAAGCUCUCUCUGCCAGCACUUCCCAGCUUCUUUUGCAAAGGUCUGACUUUCAACGUGAUCCUUAUCCUCUCGGUUUGGGAUCUUUUUUCAGCGCUUUCCAAGCAGGCCCCAGAUCACUGCCUUGUCCUGGCACCUGCCUGCAGCCAGGGACAGUGGGGUCAUGGCUCUUGGUGAUGAACUGUGAGCACAUGCUGCUGUAACACAGUUCUUCAUCAGAAAGAGCUGGGUAGAAGCAUGAACCCUGCUGCUCUUUUGUCACAGCUGUGUGUAGUGUUAACAUCGGGUUUAUGUGCCAUCCAGAGGAAUUUUAAAAUUAAGGAAAGAAAACUGAAUGUUCACCUCUUUCGUUGUUCCUGGUCCAUAAAUUAGUCAAAAUGCUGCUCAUCUGUGCAGAGUUGAAAUCAUUCCUUCUCCAUCAUCACUUAUCAUAUCUGUGCUCAACCUGGAGUCAAGAUUCAUGAUGCCCAGCUAUAACAGAGUUUGUAACAAGUUCUGCUCUUGAGAAGCCAUCUGUACAAGACAUACUGCAGAGCUCCAGGUGGGAUGAAGCUCCAUCUUUGCUGUUAAAGAAACACGAUAGCCUGGGUACACUGCUCCCAGAAGUUCUCUCCUCUGGUUCAGGUUUUAUUCUGCACAAAGUGCUUGCCUUCUCUGGGUUCUUUUAUCCAUACAUAGGAAGAAAAGUCUACACAUUGCUCUGUGGUUUUGUGAAUCCUGCAGUGAAGCACAGUAUUGUGGGAAUAAUGUUGUUUUAUCAAGAUUUUCUUAUAUUAUUCGUAAUCUCAAUCAAGCUAUCAGUAAUUUUUUCAGUCAAAAAAUAUACAUGCUCUAUAAAAUAAAUCACUGACUUUAACUGCCUCUUAGCAUGUAAAUGCUAUGUAUGCACACUGGAUGUGAAUGGCAUUGUUAGGUAUUUAAGCAUGCUUGAUUUUAACAGGAUGUGCAUUAUUUUCCAUAGGAGGUUUGCCUUUUGAAGAUGAGAUGUUCAGAGAAGGUAAAUGACAAACAACGCUGCUACAAUCGCUGUGAAUAAUAACUUACAUACAGUCCUUGUUAGUAAUACUUUGUUGUCAUUAAGCACUGGUGAUAUGCUUACGUGUAACGAAUGAUGGUAUAAAGAAACAUGCUUUAACAGGACAACAAUAAAGAGUCUAGCAGUUAGAAGGAGCUCUGGUU